ACCAAGUUAUAAAAGGAGAGGCUCCCUCCUCACUUUUCCAGUGGAGCCAUGUCAUUGCCGCCGAGGUUUUUGCACCUUUUGGGGAAACGGCUCGGAGUUUUUCCCAAACAGAAGCGAUCAGCCCAUUCUCUAGGUAUAAUCGGUGCACCAUUCUCCUAUGGCCAGAAGCGGCGAGGAGUCGAAGGUGGGCCCCAGGCAAUCAGGGACGCCGGGCUGAUUGGUCGCUUAACGUCUCUGGGUUGGAAGCUGCAGGACUAUGGAGACUUGAAUUUCACCACUGUACCAAAUGAUACACCAUAUAAGAACAUUCACCACCCAAGAACAGUGGGUUUGGCAAACCAGUCAUUAACUGAAGCAGUCAAUCGAGCAGUUGGGGAUGGUCACAUAAGUGUUAUGCUUGGAGGAGAUCAUAGUUUAGGAAUUGGUUCAGUCCAUGGGCAUGCCCAACGGCGUCCAGAUUUGUGUGUCAUCUGGGUGGACGCACACUGUGAUCUAAACACACCUCUUACAACCUCUACUGGUAAUCUGCAUGGACAGCCAGUGUCAUUCCUUAUUAAAGAGUUGCAGGACAAGAUCCCAUCACUUCCAGGAUUUUCUUGGGUCACUCCUUGCAUAUCAGCAAAGGACUUGGUUUACAUUGGAGUACGGGAUGUUGAUCCUGCUGAAUACUACAUCCUGAAAAAUUUUGGCAUCCAAUACUUCUCAAUGAAAGAGGUGGAUCAACUUGGAAUACAGAAAGUAAUGGAAAAAACACUUGAUCAUCUAGUUGGAAAAAAGAAAAGACCAUUGCACCUGAGCUUUGAUGUUGAUGCUAUUGAUCCAUCUUUAGCUCCUGCUACUGGCACUCCAGUAAUUGGAGGACUAACUUACAGGGAAGGAAUGUAUAUUGCUGAAGAAGUGCACAACUCUGGAAUGCUGUCUGCAAUGGAUCUAGUGGAAGUCAAUCCUAAACUGGCAACUACAGAUGAAGAACUUAAUUCCACAGUAAAUAUUGCUGUAGAUGUUAUUUGCUUUUCUUUGGGACAGGCAAGAGAAGGAUCCCAUGGCAAAUGUGAUGAAAUACCAACUCCUGAUUCAACAUAUGAAACAAGUGAACAGACUGUACGGCUUUAGAACUGGCAAAUGACAAAUUGGUUGUUUGUACAAACCCAUAAUUCAGAACUCUGAGAGAAAGUACUUUGGGGACAGGGGUAUCUUGUAUAACGUUGCUGCCCUUGUUCUUGCUUUCUCUUUGGUAUUCUCUAAAGGGGCAUUGUGUUCUCAGACCAUUGUCUAAUAUCCCACUUAACUACAAGGCAUUAUGAACAAGCUGCAGCUGAGCUUUCCAAACAUUCCAGUAUGAAUAGGAUUGAUUUCAUUUCCCUAUUCAACUAUCUGGAGAGAGAUCAGGAUCACUCGAAGCAUCAUCUCUGGCAGAAGAAUCAAGUCUGCUGGCAGAAAGGCUCUGUUCUUGUUUGUGUAAAACUGUGAUUAGUAUUUCCCUCCCAAAAUCCUAAACCAUACUUUUUAAUGACCUGUAUGUUUUCCUCUCAACAGAAACUUAUGUUCAAGACCAAUAGGACAUGUUACAUAUCAAAUGACUUUAUUAAAAGUUUGUACACAUUA